CUUCAUUUGACAUUAUACAAAUUUUGAGUUUGACAGUUAAAACCAAAAACUGAGAAUAUGGAAAAUUUACAGAGUUACUCCCUUACAGACUCAGACUUCAUUCCGCAAAGAGAUACAGAAACAACGGAAUGGUUUGAAGAUGCAUCCAGCAAUGCAGACUGGAUCGACAACUUUAGCGAUCCCAUUUCCGCUGCUAGUUUAGGAGAUGAGUCCUACAAUCCGCUCGAGUCAUAUGAAAAUUUGUGCCAGAAGAACAAAAACUUGGAGCAAAGGUGGCAGGAUGUUGAACAGAAGUAUGAGAGUUUAUUGCGAGAGAGAGAACGCCAAAGUUUACAUAGUUUGUUACAUGAGCAAGAAAAAGUGCAGAAGUACCAGCAGAAGUUGCAGUACAUCAAGUCCAAUUGCGACGUCGUCAAUCAGUUGAAGGAGAAAUAUUUGAGUGCCAAAAGUAUGCUGAGUAACACCAAAGACAACACAGUAUCUGUGGAAAAAUCGUGUCAAACCAUCAGCGGAUUAGAACUACAGAACGCUAUCAAUUAUGAAAAGGAUGUAAUUGUGGUAGUAAAACGGUCGGAGCUGCAGGUUAUGAAGGAGACACUGGGCAAGUUGAAGGGCCUUGUCGAUAACUACAGAGUAUCUGCAUCUAACGCCGAGAAGAGCAAAUAUGAAACUGAGAUUCGGCAGUUACAUAAUACUAUUGCAAAUUUAAAAGAUACAGUUUCGAAAAAGAGUUACUACCUAGAUAUUGCAAAACAAAAUAUGGUAGAUCGCAAGACCUUCGAAAGUGUACAAAAGGAAAGUGAAAGUUUAAAACGAAUUGUUGUGAAGAUGGAAAAAAGACUACGCGAAAUGUGCUCUCCAAUGCAUAGUUUCCCAGUACUAAACGACGAAGAAAACGCAUUUGUAGAACAAAUUAUUCGAGCAUACCACCAAGAGAAACCGAAACUUAAUCCGAAACUUCACAAGGCCGGCAACUCGACACUGCACAGGAGAAGUUCUUCUAGUUCAGAUGAUUCCAAAGAUAUCGGGGCCUUUGGUGCGGCAAGUAAUGCGAAGUUCAUUCCCGUCAUAAACUUACCGAACCAUAGCAGUGGAGAUGUGUGAAUCCUGAUCCAGUCUAGAGAGAAAUGCCAAAUUUUAUGUUGAGAUUGUACUGUAAAUCAGCAAUAUACUCAAGUUGGCUCGCCAGGAGAGAAUAUCUGUCACGGAACACCUGAUGCCGGUCUACAAUCGUAUGUUUUUCAUAUUAAAUCAUAUACGAUUGUAGACUUGAAUCAAGGGUUCUGUAACCUACAUUCUUUCCUGGCGAGCUUAGUACCGUU